UUCAGCUUAGGACGCUCAACAUGAAGAGCGGCAAUGCUUCAAUCUUCAAGCCAUGGCAGUCGUCAGGUAAACUCUGGAGCCAAGAUCAUGCUACACGACAUGCUACUUGACUCGCUCUUCAGCACAGCAGACACUCCCAGUUUUUUUGGUCUGUCUCCAACAAUCUGACAUGGAUGGCUGAAGGCCAUGGAGAUUGACUUCAGCCAAGACUUUGCCCGAUGGACAGCCGAAGUCGCAGCGUCUCCCUUGCAGCUCAGGGGAGCGUCGGCAAGUCCAAGCCCGUCGGCCUUCAGGCCAGUGGAACUUUUCGCUUCUCCUGAGGGCUCUCCAUCCCUGCACGAUGAUGUGCUGAGUGGCAUUUCUGAGCCACGUGAGGAUGCUUUCGUAUCUUCUCAAGCCUCGGUGCGGCAGUUGGAGUAUGGAAAGCUGGAGAGGUGGAUUGCGGCUGGCGGCUCCGUGGAGAACUUCGCGCCCUGGUUUCGGGAGAUGCUCAUGGAUCAGGAUGAGCACGCCUUAGUGAGCGCUCUGCGGGCAGUGGCGCAGCACUACCGCAGUAGCGCCCAGCAGCAAGCGCUAGGCGUGCAGAAAGAGGGGCAGGUGUUUGUGCCGCCUGUGCCAUGCUACUGGCUUCCGACCUUGGCUGAACGCCUCAAAGGCACAACAGAGAAGGUGGCGCAUGAGGCUGCAAAGCUGGUCGCAGCAGUUCUGCUGGCUGCACCGACGAGGACUGCAGAUCGCCGUGCCGUUGGCGAUGGGCUUCAAGCAGAUGCAGAACAUGAGUUCUUCCGUCGCUUUGCUCUCCUGGAGCUGCGAGCCAAAGGGCAGUUGCUUGCGGCAUGCAAGGAUGUACUCCAGCCAGAGGAUUACCAGGUGAUGGCACAAGCAGUCUCAGAUGAGCAGGAGUUGCAGGUGGUGGUGGAGGAUGCAGUGCACGAAACACCAUCAAGCCCAUCUCUGACAUCGCCCGGCUCGCGGCCCUGUCGCAGCGACGCCCUGUGGGCCAAUGAGCCGAAGACCUGGCGCCAACGGGUACGAUGCUUGGAACACCUGGCGGAGCAGCGAGAAGGAGAAGGCCUCGGGGGUCUUUGGCCACAGCUUCUCCUCCAGGUCGAGGAUGACCAUCCUGCUGUUUCUGCAGCUGCUAUGCAUUGCUUGGCCUGCUUGGCACCACAGAUGUCGCCACCACGGGAGCACCUCGUCAGCCGCCUGGCCAAUGCCUUGCGACAGCGGCUGCGGGAGCCUCGCUGCCGGUUGCGCAACGCAGCGCUAGAGCUUCUCAAUGCGGUGAGUGGUCAACGACAACUGCAAUUGGUCUCCAUGACCUUGCAGAUGCCCAAGGACCGUGUACGGAAGGCUCUCCAAGAGGCCAAAAGGUCAGAAGGCGCCGGAGCCGGACCAGGUGCAGGUGAGAUGUCUCAACUUGAGGCCCUUCUCUCAGAGGCUUUUCCCAGUCGAUCAGGGCUGAACACCCCGAGCCCGGCACGUCUUGCCAUCACGGCGAUCUCUCCUCAGAAGCCAACGCCCUCAACGCGAACGCCGUCCUCAACGCCUGAGGAGGUGCUCCAGGCUGGCAGGACCUGUGAUGCCACUCCACCACAGACGUUCCUGAAGGGUCAAAUUUCUACUCCACCACGAAAGGUUUUGUCACUGGACUGUGGACGAGGAAGUGGUGAGAAGCUUGACAAGCUCCCGUCCGAUUCCAAACUCCUAAGCUUUGAGGCGACGCCGGACCAACGGGCAAGCACGAAGGCCAACGUGGUGAGUGGGGAGGAGGAGGAUUUCCAGGUUGAUCGCUCACAAAAGGAGGAGAUCACCUUCAAGUUCGCCGACCGCGCUGAAGUGCCGGGAUGGCUGGGCGUCGACGUUCAAUCUGAGGUGAUUGGCCGCAUCCUUGAGGUGAAGCCAGACCGGAUCCUCCUGGUCACGGAGACGGUUGUGGAUGAGCUUCAUGGCGACUACUUCAAGCCGCUGAUGUCCGGCGGCUCGAGUGGUGGUUCCGGAGACAACUUCUUGGGUGGCGAGCUGCCGCCGAUGAACAAGUUUGUUCUCCCAGGAGGUGAUGAGUCCAAGUCCUGGGAUUAUCUCUCGUCGGAGCUCUUCUCAGGCUUGGGAGAGCUGGCCAAAAAUGCUGCGCUUUUGGGUGGCAAGCAUGCGGAGGGCUUCAGGAAGGCCCUCUCCUCUGACCGCAUCAAUGCAGAUGCGGGUGGCUCAGGUGAUGAGUUCACCAUGGAUGACAAAAUGCUCAUGGAGUUGUUGGCUCUGGGCAUUGAUGCAAAGAUGUCCGUGCUUGCGGAUGACGCUUAUGAGAAGAACUGCGGCAUGAUCUUUGAGUAUGGACAUACCGUCUCCCAUGCCAUUGAAAAGGCAUAUGGAGAUGGGGUCAUCCCCCAUGGCCUUGGGGUGACAUACGGCAUGCUGUCCAGCCGCUGUGGCCACAAGCCGGAGCUUUCUGGGUGGAUGUUAAGCCGAAGGCUUUGGUCUGGGACUAGCGGUGUCCACCGCGGUCGUCUGGGCACUGCUUUCCUGGUUCCGGACGACCAUACCAUUUGGGUGCCUUUCGUGACGGGCUACAACAAAGAUCUCCAUUUGGCUAGGGGGUGGGAAGUAUGGAUGUGCAUUUGGUUCUACGACAUGCUCACUUAG